AUGCAUGAACAACGACAAGUAAGAAGUGAUAAUUCCAGUGGUACAGAACCAUUAUCACCAUCUGAAUCUAAUCGGAUGCAGGAAGAUAUCUUACAAACUUUGUCAGCAUCAGAUCGUAGUGAUGGUGAACGUCUACGUCGACAUUUGCAAUUUUUUUUUAUGGAUCCAAUAAUGAAAUGGAAACUAAUACUUUUUGCCGAAUUACGUAUGUCGCAUGUUAAUUUUAUGGAUGAAACAAAUAUGGUAAUCCGACAUAAAUUUUUAAAAAAUUGGAAUAACGAGCGUGAUACACUUAUUUAUCCACCAUCAUCUGGUAGAUAUUCUGUUUUCACAGGCACUGAUAUUAUUGAUCAGUUUGCAUUUAUGAUUGUUGCUUAUUAUUCAAUCAAAGAAGAUUCAUUUGCUAGUUUUUCAUACGAUACGCUAAAAGAUCGCGGCACCUCUUCUCCGGUUCAAGUAGAUGAUUCAGAAUUUAUUAGUGAUAUUUCCAUUGACGAUAUACCACCAAUGCAAUUCUGCUUAAAGAAAAUUGCUAAUGUUACAGUUUUUAACAACACUUAUGAAUUCGAUAUUUCAGAAAUUAAUGAUUGUGUAUUAUUGGAAUUUAAUGAAAACGAAGUGAAAGAAAUCCGUCGAGAUGCAGGCUCAUUGAGAAAAUUUCUUGAAAAACGGCAAAUCACAUUUAAACCUGAGGAUGCUCUGAUUAUGUCAAAAGGUGUAUUAAGCUUCAACCUACGAACCAUUCAUUUUAGUGCAAUUGCGACUGAUGAACGACCGGAGUGCUUUUUAAUUCAGGUUUCAAUUACUUUCGACAAUACUCGACAUACUGGUCAAGUAUACAUUUCUUUGUCAACACUUAUCAGUUAUGUUACUCUCUGUAACGGUCGAGUUAUACAUGGAGAUGGUACACUCACAGCUAGCAUUAUCAUGUUUGUUAUUGAUAUUCUAGUUUUGUUUAUGUGUAUCGCCUCAUUAAUACUAUGUUGUCGUGCGCUUCUUCGAGCUCAUCUCCUAAAACUGGCUACAGUACAGUUUGUUAGAAAUGUAUUAGGACGAGAGUUGAUGCUAAGUGAUCAAUUGGAAUUCGUGAAUUUUUGGUAUGUGAUGAUUGUUGCAAAUGAUAUAUGCAUUAUCUGUGGCACUAUCUGCAAAAUCACAAUUGAAUUUAGGGAUUUUGAUAAUGAUCUGUUUACCACAUCUGGUAUAUUACUGGGCACCGGUGCCCUUCUGGUUUACGUCGGUCUACUGCGUUACUUUUGCUUUUUUUCAAAAUAUAACAUAUUGAUUUUGACGGUAAAGAAAUCGUUACCGAAUAUUCUUCGCUUUAUGUCGUGUGCAGCUGUUCUUUACGCCGGAUUUCUUAUCGCAGGAUGGGUUAUAAUCGGACCGUACAGUUUAAAGUUUCGUACGUUAGCAAAAUCAUCAGAAGCGUUAUUUUCUUUAUUAAAUGGUGAUGAUAUGUUCGCUACGUUCUUUACUAUCAACGACUCUAAUACAAUUAUUAAAAUAUUUGGCACAGUAUACAUUUAUAUAUUUGUGUCUUUAUUCAUUUACGUAGUUUUAUCACUAUUUAUUGCGAUUAUCAUGGAUGCUUAUGAAGUCAUCAGAGAUCGCUACAAAACUCAGGAAAUUGAAGAGAAGUCACUAUUACAACUUUUACGCGAAGGCGAAUUAUACAAUUUAAUGGAUGUUGAAGAAAGACGAUCUCAAUAUUCUUCAAGAAAUUUGCUCGAAUUAGACUGUUGUGAUUUGUUUCGAUUAGCUCACCGAUGCGGAGAUCGCUUUCGUUACAUGCGUCUAUAUAAUUCAACUGAAAAUUCAGAUACAUUUGCUGAUCAGCAUCUUGUAAAUAGAACUGCAUUUAAUAAUGGAUUGUAA